AUGUCCGUGAGUUUAAUUCGAAGUGUAGGACACGCAAUUUCGCAGCAAAAAAAACUGUUCUUGACGGAACAUAAAAAACUCUCGCGCUUAUGUCAGUUUUGUCAAAGUGCGCUACCUAACCUCAAUCCGGUGCGAAGCAGUGUCUACCGUCAAAACGUACGGGUUCGAAAUGUGGCGGGACAUUCAAAACGAACAUUUGCUACCUCGACGAGCGAUAAAGAUGGGAAAAAGCACAUAAAUAUUGGUACUAUCGGGCACGUGGAUCAUGGAAAAACCACUUUAACUGCUGCAAUUACAAAAUAUCUUCAAAAACAGGGACUUGCUCAAUUUAUUUCUUAUGAUCAAAUUGAUCGAGCUCCAGAAGAAAAGGCCAGAGGAAUUACAAUAAACGUAUGUCACGUGGGAUACAGUACAAAGGCUCGUCACUAUGCACACACAGAUUGUCCAGGCCAUGCAGAUUUCAUUAAAAACAUGAUCUCCGGAGCGUCCCAAAUGGACGGAGCCAUUUUAGUGGUGGCGGCGACCGACGGACAGAUGCCCCAAACCAGGGAACACUUGCUGUUGGCCAAACAAGUCGGAGUCACCAAAAUAGUCGUCUACGUAAAUAAGGCCGACCUUGUAGACCAAGAGGUUUUAGAGUUAGUGGAAAUGGAAAUUAGAGAACUGCUUGAGGAUUUUGGGUUUGAUGGAAUUAACUGUCCGAUCAUUUUCGGUUCUGCCUUGGAGGCUUUAAAUGAUAAACAAACAGAUAUAGGUACAAAUUCGAUUCAAAAACUGCUGGACGCUAUCGACACCUAUAUUCCCAGUCCAGAAAGAGAUUUUAAAAGUCCUUUUAUGGUGCCCAUCGAUAACGCUUUCCUUGUGCCCGGCCGGGGUACUGUGGUGGUCGGCACUAUCAGCAGGGGCAUUGUAAAAUCGAAAGCCGAAGCAGAAAUGUUGGGAUUUGAUCAAACAAUGAAAACCGUUAUUACCGACAUACAGGUGUUCAAGAAAAGUGUGCCGGAAGCUAAAGCGGGAGAGAAUAUCGGAGCUUUGGUGCGGAAUAUUAAACUGAAAGAUGUAAAAAGAGGCAUGCUUUUGUGCGCGGCCAAAAGUGAAACUUUGAGUAAUAGAUUUAAGGCGAGCAUUUACUUUUUAUCAAAAGCCGAAGGGGGGCGUUCGAAGCCUAUUACUAGCAAGUAUUGCCAGCAUCUGUUUAGUAAAACAUGGAAUUUACCUUGCAGGCUUGAUUUGGAGGAGGGAACUGAAAUGAUUAUGCCAGGUGAACACGGAAGUAUAGAACUGACUCUUCUAUGGAAAAUGGUGAUGUCGCCAGGCCAACAAUUUACUGUGAGGGAAAAUAAUGUCACGGUGGCCACCGGGAUUGUUACCGAAAAACUGCCUAGCGUUGAUGUUAAAGGAAAUUUAGGGAAAUUAGUUUUGUAAUUUUAAUAUUCGUUUCUAGAAUAAAUAUUGAAAUUUGUAAAA